AUGCAGUAUUUCAAGAUUGGACCCUCGCGCUGUAUAGACGAGCCCCGCGCUGCUGCCCCUCCCACCCCCGCUCAGGCACAAUCCCAAAUCGACGAAUGGCUCCACAUGGGCAAGCCCCUCUUCCCAAGAGAUGCCAUCCAAGCCAUCCAUGACCAACUUCGUGACCCUAUAGCCAGAGGGGACGAGAUCCUCGUGAAAGCGCUCGACGGCGCUACGAUGGCGUUCGAGGUUCGAACCGGCGACAUCAAGGAGAGUGAGCAGCAGCGGGAGACCAUAGGGAAGCCGUCUAUCAGGUACAUCUGCUACGAAUCCUUGCGAUCCGGACAAGAGCUCAGCAGCCGUCGUCCGCAUCUGGUCUACUGCCCGAUGAUAAUCCGACAUGAAGCAACGACAUCCAACCUAAUGACUGGCGGUGCUCUGCAAACCAUCCCACGCAGAUCCAUAGACGACAUAUAUUACGUCUUCAACACCGCUCUCCACCUCUGGGAAGAAAGCGACACCUGGAUCCAGAUCAAAGCAACACUCCUCUCCACACAGGCCACAACUAUUGUCAAGAAGAUCAUUGCAUUCGCAUGCGGAACAAUGUCCCACCCCGACGACAUCCCAGGCGCUUCUUACAACUCCAUAUUCCAGCAUGCAUUCCUCGUGACACUGCAGCGUCUCCUACAGCAAGAGGCCAACGGACAAAUUGCCUGCGCGGUGCAAGACCCCGCAUACACAGAUGCCGACCGAGCUGUCUUGGAGACGUACGGCAUCCGCGUCCUCGAUGAUCCAGAGGGAUUUCUUGAGGUCGAUGACAGGUCGUUGGUACUUUCCUGCUCACCAAAUGUUCCGGUGAAGCAAAUUGUGGUUGAUGUCGCCAAGCCCGCGGUUGUUAUUUGGGAGAGGGUUGAAAAUGGCAACUGUCGUGGAACUGACCCGGAUUCACCGAGGGUGAGGCAGGUAAUGACCCAGUUAUAUGAUGCGCUGGAGUUUCCGUACGAGGAGCAUUUUGGGGACAUGGUCAUCUAUGUCCGACGCGGGUUGGAGGAUGCGAGGGGUAUGGGUGCAUCGACUGAGGCUAUCAACGAGCCCCAUGUACCAAAUGCUUAG